CCUCAGCUUACUGCAGUUGUUAACUUGUUCCCGCCCGCCAAAAGGUCGAGUGUCCCAUCCGCGAUGGAUCCUGUCACGGCCGUUGGCCUGGCAUCCGCCAUCAUUUCCUUCGUCCCUCUGGGUGUCAAAUUGUUGCAGAGCGCGCGGGAAAUCCGUGAGUCCGUCGACGGUAGCGUCGAGAGAAACCAGACGCGAAAAGCUAUAGUGGAUGAGAUGCAAGCAGUCUCUCGGAGACUUAAACCAGCAGAUCGAACUAGAGUCCUACCCGAACAGAGGGGUCUUUACGACCUCGCGCUAAAAUGCCACGAGUUAUCGCAGAAGAUCCUCGACCUUCUCGAUAAGAUCAGACCCAAAGGUCAGAGCCCUUUUAAGACCUAUCGGUCUGCAUACAGGGCUUGGAGUUGCGAAAGCGAGAUUAAGAAUCUGGAGAAACAGCUAAAUGACUGUCGGAGUCAGUUAGCAUUGGGCUUAGUGGAUCUUUCAAGUCAAGACUCGACAGUGUACUCGAAAAAGCUUUUAGCCAUGGCCCAGACCGAUGCAUCGCGACUGGAAGAACUUCAAAGGCAUAUAGAAGCGCUGAGGAGUGGCGUGCAAGUCGAGCAAAUCGGGACCGAAGCCAGUACUCAACUACGCCGUCUUCUAGGUCUUCAGGACGAUGCUAUUGCUGCCAUUUAUCAGAAUCGAAUUCUUGAAAGCAUUCGGUUUGAGAAUAUGCACGAAAGAGAUGACAGGGUUCAUUACCCUCAUGAACAGACUUUCAACUGGCUUGUAGAAGAUGAUGAGACCUUCGAGGACGAGUCAACGGAGAUGAGCAGAUCCGAUAUGCUUGAGAUGUACGAGAUGAAAUUGAACUCUAGAAACCUUUUCGUCAAGUGGCUGUCUUCACCGGAGGGCAUCUUCCAUAUCUCUGGUAAACUGGGCUCAGGCAAGUCCACAUUGAUGAAACUACUUUGCACACAUACGCAAAACCGGCUUGAACUUGAGAAAUGGGCAGGUAGCAGGUCUCUCCUCAUCACGCAGUUCUUCUUUUGGAACCCCGGUUCUGAGAUGCAAAAGUCACUAAACGGUCUCUAUCGAUCUUUCCUCUACGACAUCCUCCACGCCUAUCCCGCACUUAUCAGAAAGGUGUUACCGGAACUCUGGAUGGAAGUUGAGAAUAGUCAUUGGCAGAUACAGACCAAUCUUGACUUGCCGAUCGAUGUUGCACAGUCUGCCCUCGAGCGAAUCAUCUACAAUACUGACUCAUGUGCUCCGAAGAUCUGCUUCUGCUUCUUCAUUGAUGGUCUAGAUGAGUACGACGGGUCACACAGCAGAGAUCACCUUUAUCUCGUAAGCUUGUUGAAAAAUUGGGCCCAAAAUUCCCAAGGGAGGUUGAAAAUGGUCGUUUCUAGCAGAGACUAUAAUGUGUUUCUGAACGGGUUCUCGGCCGAGUAUCGGCUUCAACUCCACGAACUUACCUGGUUCGACAUGAGACGUUAUGUGCGAGAUUCAUUAUCCCACCUUCCAAACUCCGACCUCAAAGAGUACUUACUUGCAACGAUUCCAAGCAAAGCAAGUGGUAUCUUUCUCUGGAUACUUUUGGUAGUUAAUGAGGUCCGGAAAAAGGUCGAGGAUGACGUAUCACAAGACCAAUUACUUCAACUCCUUGAUGGUCUUCCACCUGGCCUGGAAGCGUUGUUUGGACAUAUUCUCAACGCCCUCGAUGAAAAUAGCCGAAAGACUGCUUAUCAAACUAUGUCACUAUUGAGAACUGCCAAGGACAACUAUCUGACCUUCGCACUGAUGGAGUUUUCGUUCCUUGAAGAUUAUCAGAGACACUCGGAGCUCUCGAUACGAGAAGACUUUAUGUCUCGUUACGCAAUGAAUUCAGAUGACAAUAAAACACCAGAUACUUAUGGCAAAAGGCUUCGUGGUAUCUGCGGUGGUCUUGUUGAAUGCCAUCCGUCAACUGCAAGAUAUUACGGACCUUGGGGAGGCCUUAACUUCACUCACCGAUCCAUUCCCGAGAUGCUUGAGAGAGGAAAGAUAAGUACAGAAAUGCAUUCAUAUCUCCAGGAUUUCAAUAGUGUUGAUGCACUGUCACACUUGAUCUUCGCGGCGGCACAAUUCAGGAAGAAUAGGUCAGAAGCUAGACCUUCAUGCGCUGGCGUGACAUGGAUGCGCCUGGCAGCGAAGAUCGACAGGCCCCCAUAUAACUUUCUCCAGUGUAUUUCGUCAUGGGUUGGUGAUCCGUUCGACUUGGUCCCUGAACCAAGCCAUCUUCUCUUGCACCAGGGUAUCCAGGUAUUUGCCAACCAUGGCUUGCAAAGCUUGGUUCGCUAUGGAGCAAUGACAAGACGGGAAACAUUCAGUACCAUAUGUCAAGCUGCACUCAUAGGCCAUGUUGAGUACGUUGAAUGGGGGUAUAAGAAUAACCUCAGAGCUGUCGACAAGCAAUGGAAGAGGGCACUUAUUGCCAACGCACUUCUGGACACCUAUCUCCGAGAUGGUCUACCUAUACAAGCGUUGAGCUAUUUCUUCAAGGGUCCUUUCCUGUCGCUUGAACGAACUUCUUUUGAGGCCAAUCAGCUGCUCAUUGAUGAUAAACCUCCAGCAAUUCUUCCGGUAGGCCCCCGCUCGCCUGUUGGCUCUAGCUAUGCUCUUUCAGAGAGCCUGACCGUUUGGGAAAGAUUCUCGGUCUCUUGUUUUUUAUACCGGAUUGAUAUGAGAUAUCCUCCUCAUACUGAUAGCUUCGGUCUCGCUAUUGAACAGUUUCUAUUACACGGAGCCCCAUCCGAGUUUCUCAUCACCAUCAAGCACCUGCACUGUCCAACUCAUGCCACGUUUCACUUUCCCAGACCCAAAAGUCCGUUGACGAUUGAAAUCCAUGACGAUGAUGACGGGAUGCUAUUUGAGCACGCCACAGGGUGGAAUACGCGUGAUGGAAAGCCAAGCAUAUCACUACGUGAAUGGAUCCAAAGCAUAAAUCCCAAGAACAAGGAUCGUGUACUUGAGAUCCUAGACAAUGCCAGAGGGUAUCAGGAGUGCGCUCUAGGCUCGAGUGAACUUGAAAAGGACCAUUGUGUAUCGGAUGAAACAGCAGCUUCUAGUCCAGGGGCUACAAGGCACCCAGCCGUGACGAGAACCAGACUUCAUCGACAUAUGAUUCUCUAUAGAGUCUUUCCAGUUUUGGUGAUAGUAUUGGGACUUUAUAUUGGCUGGAACAUGCGGGAUCAGCGACGAGAAUACCAGAAGGCUGGGGUCGCUCUCCCACGUUAUGGUUGAUAAUGACUUUUGUUUGAGCAUGACGCUGAAUCACCAGGAAACAGUCAUUAGAAA